UGUACUUGCAGCAGAAAGGAAAUGUGUCAUCUGUGGUUUAGUUUUAAAAGUGGAAAGCUAGCAGAACAUAUCCUUCUUUUGCUGCAGGUUUACUUUUAAUUUCAAAAUCUGUACGUCUCCUUUGCUUUAGGUUAUACGUAAACGGUGCUUCGAGAAGAGAAAACACCAAGAAGUGGUUUGCUAAAAUAUUCACUUUAUAAUCAGAUUUGACCAAAGCGUUUUGUAAGGUAUAAUGCUAAAGCCUACAUUACUCCUUUUUUCACAAAGAUGGUUAUCCUCCAGGGGUGGAGAAGUUUCUGCAAAUAAUCCUUAAAAGGCUUUAGAAAACACUAAAAAAAGAUCUCCAAAGCAGAAGUAACAGUCUCCAGGCUACUGUACCCUGAUAUGUUGUGAAGGAAGAAACUGCUACAUAUUUCUCUGGACACCAUUUUGUGAGGCUUCACUACACAUUAGUGAUGUCCUCAUCUCCAACUGCUGCCACUAAAAUAAGAACGGUUUCACUUUUUUUCUGAUCCCAAAAUGACAGUUUCAAAGGAGAUUUACGAGUAUUCACGGACGUGGGAUUGAUGGGGCAACACUACCUGUGUGUUGCUUUCCUGGUAACGACGUCCUUCUCCCUUCCUCCCCAAAUACUGGCAAACUACACGUAUUUCUGGGAUACAGACGGUACCGACUGGAAUCACACCAUCCCAAACCAAACAAACGGAAACAAUGACGGGAGAAAUGAAAGUUUGGACCCGGUGACUCGAGAGGCAGAUUACGAAGGCAGAUCCACGAGUACUCUUGCAACGCCAACAUCAUCUGCUUUUCUAUCUUUAGCUCCUGAUUCAAGAGAAGGUCUUUCUACACCACCCCCUACCCCAAACAGCUCUCUUACAACAUGGGGUACUGGGACCACAAGGAAGAUCCAAAAUGAAAGUACCAAAGCGAGUAACUGUGAAGAAAAUAAUAAAAUGGCUAUGCUGGUUUGCUUAAUUAUAAUCGCGGUGCUUUUUCUUAUUUGCACCCUUUUAUUUCUGUCGACUGUAGUUCUGGCAAACAAAGUUUCAGCCCUCAAACGAUCAAAGCAAAUGGGCAAACGCCUGCCCAGAAGCAACGGAGAUUUUCUGGCAAACAGCGGCCUGUGGCCGGCUGAAUCAGACACAUGGAAAAGAGCAAAACAACUCACAGGGCCCAACCUGAUGAUGCAAUCCACUGGAACUCUCACAGCUCUAGGGGAGGGAGAAGAUGAGGAAGCAUCCAGGAAACUGGCUAACUAAUGGAUGAAUCGACGUGGAGAAAAAACAAGAGACCACCGCGAAGGCCACGAGGAAGACGUGAAAGGAAAUUCGUCUCGUCUCGGAUCGAAAUUUAAAGAAACGCUUAUGCCCCCCCAAACUGACACAACAGACAUUUCACUCUACAAUGGGAGGAGAAUUGUGGGAGAACUGUGGGGGUGGGGAUGGGGAAGACACACCUAACCACUUCAUUAGCUGCACUUAAACCUUAACAGUGAUUAUUUCUAAGGCCUACAACGCAUGGAAUGGAUCGUUUGAGAAUCCAAAGAUUUUCCAGAAGUCUUUAAAGACUGUGAGCUGUGGAAUCUCGGAAGGAGUGGUAAAGAGGGCUCGACAAUAUUUGAGGCAUACCCCUUUUAAGGGUCCUUAUUCAAAGUGCAAGUAAAAGCUGGUAAUUUACAGAACUAUUAGGAAGAGUUGCUUCUCUAUAGAAACAGCCCUCCCAUUUCAAGGAAGAAAUAUGGGCAGAGAAAAGAAAGGUGACUAACCAAAUACAUCUUAACACUCAGUAAUACAUUUCCACUUCCAAGGAUUACCAUUAAUAAGAGCCAUUAUGACCAAAAAACCCCUCAUUUUAAAGCAGGAAGCUAUCCUGCCAAGAUGUACUUUUGUUUUGGAGAUGGCAAGAUCUAGCUGGACGACCUUCAUUACUUGAGGAUGAAUUUUACAACACGUGUUGCAUGAAGGCACAGAAAACUUGCUUUAUUAAUAUUAUUGAAAUAAACUUUAAAUGAAUAAAAGUCCACUAAACACAUGUAAA